AUGGAGUCAGACAUCUCACAAGCCUUCCAGAAAGAACUCACCUGCUUCAUCUGCCUGAGCUGCUUGACAGACCCAGUCACCAUAACCUGUGGUCACAGCUUCUGUCGAGCCUGCCUCCACCUUUUCUGGGAAGACAUCCAACCUCCUGUCCAAUGCCCUAAAUGUAGGAAACCAUCACAGAAGGACUUGAGAACCAACAUUGUUCUGAAGAAGCUGGUAUCCAUUGUCAGACAAGCCACCCUCAUGAAGGACCUGAGCUCUGAGGAGCAAAAGUGUGUAACCCACAAAGAUACUAAGAGGAUCUUCUGUGCUGAGAACAGGAUCUUCCUCUGUCAACUCUGCUCUAACACUUAUGAGCACAAAGGACACAGACACUGUCCCAUUGAAGCAGCUGCUGAGGAUCAAAUGGACAGACUUUUGAAGCAAAUGACAUCUUUAUGGGAGAAGGUCCAAGAAAAUCAAGAGAAUUUAGAGGCAGAAAACAGAAUGAGAACCCAUUGGACAGGUUUGGAUGACAUGUUCAGAAGAAGUGAGUCAGUGCAGCUGAGCAUGCCACAGGUUAUUAAGGUAGAACUCAGUGCCCUACCCAUCACUGGACUGACCGAAAGUUACAACCAGUUCCAAGUGCACAUUUCCUUACCAAACAUAACCAUUAUCCAUCACAAAAUAAACCUUUUUAAUGCCAUGAGAAGAUUGAACUUCAGACCUCACCGUAAAGAUACAUCUGCGGAUUAUGCUGGAUGCUAUUAUGCUUCCUGGAGAUCACAGAGCUUCAUCCUAGGGAAAUAUUACUGGGAGAUUGAUUUGAAGGACUCUUGGGACUGGGCUGUAGGGGUCUGUAAGGAUUCCUUGUUAUGGAAUAGAAACCAAGUGAUUGAACCUGAAGGUGCCUUUCUUCUUGUGUGUGUGAAGGAGGGUAAUCAUUACAGUCUCCUCACCACAUGCCCAGUAUUUCAGCACUAUAUAGAGAAGCCACUGUGCAGAGUUGGUGUGUUCCUUGAUUGUGAGGAGGGAUGUUUAAGUUUUGUGAAUGUUGCCAAGUGUUCCCUCAUAUACAAGUACCCUCCUGGCACCUUCAAAGACCCUGUCUGGCCUUACUUCUCCACAGGGGAAAUCUGCAAUCCAGUACCAAGUGAUUUUUAA